GUGUAAAAGCAGAGAAAAUACACGGGUUUGUGCAAUGUUGACACGUGUAGAAACGUUUCAGUCUUUGCAUCCAAGAUCGUGAUGGUAUAAAGUUAUGUGGAAAAUGGGGCUGCAGAACUUUACAGUGACAGAGAUAUAUUUAAGGUGUUCCUUUAAGAUUUACAGUCAUGGUGCCGUGUGUGUGGGAGCCUGAAGGAGUCUGAUCAAUAGGUGCUGUAGUAGGGACAGAAUUAUCCUCCUCAGAUACAUUCCUCCAAAUCAGCUGACACACAUACAAGGACCGCACUAAAAUAGAAAGUGCGUACGUACUUAAUUCUCAGUCAUCUCCACUGUCUGAUUUUUCAAAGAACCUGGGUUAUUGACAGAGGUAAUUCUGGUCCAUCCACUUAUUUACAUUUCUGAGGAUCAUGACGAAGACGUCAAACCUCACACACUGUUAUGAGGUGUAAGAGGUGUAAAGUUGUCAGUGGGCCAGCCAGGUGUGAGUGAGUGAGAGAGAGAGAGGGACAAAGAGAAGGCGCUGCUUUCUGCUGAUGUGCGGUGUGGUUACCCCUGCAGUGUGAGUCUGCAGAUCCACUCCAACCCACCUGGGGGACACACCUGGCCCACUGACAGAACCACACACACUUUCACUGUCAUGUAUUCACAGCACUGACAAAGAGAAUGAAGAGCUGCACAUUAAACGUUCAACUAGUCCAAACACAACAAUAUAAUUGAAACCCAGUUUAUAUUAGCUAUAUACUUUUCUUCUGGUGAACAUGGUAUUGUGGACAUAGUUAUGUUUCAAAAAGUUGACGCCUAUAGGCCUAGGUCUACUGUAACGAACAUGGCACAGAAUCCUAUUGAUGCAUUGUGGGCACUCAGAAAUCAUGAGUAAAUAAUAUAAUACAAUUGGACAUUUGGGUGAAAAUUCAAGAAUCCUAUCAUGCGCUGUAUCAUGGUGUUUCUGUAGUUCGUCUGUGUGAUAAGAAAGGAGUGGUGAUGACGAUAGCGAAGAUGUCUCUUUAAAGAGAGAGAUUGUCCGUGCUGAGUUGUGAGUUUCUCCUCCCGCGGUAUAAAAAGCUCAUCCCUCUCCACCCUGCCGCAGUCUGCAUCCGGCUUAGAGAUGAGCUACCCACUGGACCACCUCUACGGCCACGGCUCCUAUCGCAGGCCACCACAGGGCCACUCUGCCCGGCCCGCCGCUUCCCUCUCCUCCUCCGGCUACCACUCCCAGCCCUGGACGAACUCCCAGCGCCGCCGCCCGGGCUACAGCCAGGCAGCCUCUGCCAACAGCUUGGAGAUCUUUAACGGCGACAUGACUCGGAGGAACGAGAAGGAGAUUCUGCAGACACUCAACGACCGGUUCGCCGGUUACAUCGACAAGGUGCGGAACCUCGAGCUGAUUAACUCGAAUCUGGAGCAGGAAGCGGCUGCGCUGCGACAGAGCCAGACGGGGCGCGCUACCGUGGGAGAGCACUAUGAGCGCGAGCUGGGGGACCUGAGGGUUCUGGUCCAGCAGUUGACCGGGGAGAAGGCACGCACACUCUUGGAGCAAGACCACCUUGAAGAGGACAUCCAGCAUGUGCGGACCAGGCUCGAGGACGAGACACGCAGCCGGGAGGAGCUGGAGGCCGCAGCACGCGUCAUGAACAAGUAUGUGGACGAGUCUGGCCUCACGCGGCUGGAGCUGGACAAGAAGCUGUGCGCGCUGCAGGAAGAAGCCGCGUUCCUGAAGAAGAACCACGAGGAGGAGGUGGCCGAGAUGCUCGCACAGAUCCAGCGUGCACAGGUGAGCUUUGAGCCUCGAGACACGAUCAAGGCUGACGUCACGAGCGCGCUGCGGGAGAUCCGCGCUCAGCUGGAUGGCCACGCGACCAAGAGCGCAAUGCAGGUGGAUGGAUGGUUCAAAGUGCGUAUGGAGCGGUUGGCGGAUGCAGCUCACUCUAACACGGAUGCAAUCCGCGGUGCCCAGGAGGAGAUAGCAGAGUACAGACGGCAGCUGCAGAGCCGCACCAUCGAACUGGAGACCCUCAGAGGAACCAAGGACUCUCUGGAGAGACAACGCAUGGAGAGUGAGGACAGACACUAUGGAGAUAUCCACUCACUACAGGAGACCAUCCAUCAGCUGGACGGUGAACUGAAGAGUACUAAGUGGGAGAUGGCCAGUCAGCUGAGAGAAUAUCAGGAGCUGCUGAACGUCAAGAUGGCUCUGGACAUAGAGAUAGCAGCCUACAGGAAAUUGCUGGAAGGGGAGGAGACUCGGUUCAUAUCUGGGCCAAGCCUGUACUCCUACUCCUCCGUCCACCUGAAGCUGAAGGGGGAGGAGCUCUCAGACACAGUCAUACUGGAGGAACAGACGGAUGAGACACAGGUCACUGAGGUGACAGAGGAAGGAGAGGAAGAGGAGAAGGGAGAAGAGAAGGAAGAGGAAGUAAAGGACGAGGAAGAGGAUGAGACCAAAGCUGAGGUAGAAGAGGGAGAGGGGGAUGGAGCUGAGGAUAAGGGAGGAGAUGAGGAAGAGGUUGAUAAGAAGGAGGAAGAGGAAGGAUCUGAGGAUAAGGGGGAAGGAUCUGAGGAUAAGGGGGAAGAGGAGGCAGGUGAGGAGAAAGAGGAAGAGAAGUCUAAGUCACCUGAGGAGGCUGCUUCUCCCCAAUCUAAGUCUCCCCCCAAAACCCCCCAGGCCAAAUCUCCCGCCGUCAAAUCCCCUGAAUCCAAAUCACCCCCAGCCAAAUCUCCCCUCCCCAAAUCACCCACCAAGUCUCCCGCCCCCAAAUCUCCCACAGAGAAAUCUCCCCAGCCCAAAUCUCUGGACGUGAAAUCACCAUCUAAAUCUCCCCCCAGCAAAUCCCCAGAGUCUAAGUCCCCUUCCAAGUCCCCCCUCCCCAAAUCUCCUGAACCCAAGUCCCCCAUCCAGGAGAAAGCCAAGCCCCCUGCAGAAGACAAACCAGCCAAGGAGGAGAAGAAAGAGAAGGAACAACCCCAGCCUGUAAAGGAGGAGAAGAAAGAGAAGGAACAACCCCAGCCUGUAAAGGAGGAGAAGAAAGAGAAGGAACAACCCCAGCCUGUAAAGGAGGAGAAGAAAGAGAAGGAACAACCCCAGCCUGUAAUGGAGGAGAAGAAAGAGAAGGAACAACCCCAGCCUGUAAAGGAGGAGAAGAAAGAGGAGCCAGAACCCACGGAGAAGGAGAAGAGUGAGAGCCAGCCUAAAGAGGAGAAGGAGAAGAGUGAGAGCCAGCCUAAAGAGGAGAAGGCUGAGGAGAAGACAGACAAACCAGACCCCAAGAAGGAGAGCAAGCCAGAGGAGACCCCCACGAAGACUGAGACCCCAUCACCUGCCCCCCCUGCCGCCACCCCGGCCAAGCCUGCAGAGGAGAAGCCCACCCCCGCCAAGGAGAGCCCCACCCCUGCUAAGAAGGAAGAGGAGAAACAGGCCCCGUCCAAAAUAGAUGAAAAACCUCAGGCAGAGGUGAAGCCUGCUCCCAAAGAAUCACCAGAGAAAACAGAGAGCAAGAAAGAGGAGAAGAAAGCAGAGCCCAAAGAGGAGGUAAAGGAGGAUAAGAAGACAGAUAAGAAAGAGAACAAGCAGGAGGCCUCUAAAGCGUCCGACAGUAAAGAGGCAAAGGAUACGAAGGAGGGAGGGAAGGCAGAGAAGUCAGAAAAGUCCUCAAGCGCUGAGGUCAAAGAGAAAGCCAAGAAGUGAAUCACUAAUGCGCUGUGUAUGAGCCAAGAGGAGAGAGACCCCAAAUAACUAUCGGGGAGGGAUGGAGGGGGGGGUGAUGCUACUGAAGACCUGAGCAGCCUUUGUAAAAGGGAGGCCAGAGUAGGAGACAAACAGUAAACAAACAAAGCAAUAGUGUUUCUAUAGUUACUAAUCCAUGGGUACUCAACCCUGAUGCUUCUUCUAAUGUAUGACUAAAGAAUGCAGAAUACUCUAAACUCUAUCUGAAUGUGUCUGACUGCCCGUCAAUAAUAACAAGUGCAUUAAAACAGCAGCAUCGCUCUGGCUGGGAGCACAGCAUAGGGCCAUGUACCUUCUGAAGCCUUCAAGGGCAGAGAUGUCAACAAAUGUCUAUAAAAGAUUGUGACAGAUUAAUAUAUUGUACUGUAUAUGUAUAUUUAUGACGAUAUAAAUGAGUAUAUUACAUUGAUGAAUAUAAAAAGCAGAGAAAGACAAUGAACCUCAUUGUGCACCUUAAACAGCUCCCUGUCUGAUGGCUGUGCUGAGUCACUGUGCUGUGGUUAGUAUGCUAGGUCAGGGAGAACUCUGAUGUCAGGGAUGACUGUGCCAUGUAUAAACUGCUGAGAAUAUGCAAUAUAAAAACUGAUGGAACUAAUAAAGUUAAAACUGAAAGA